CGGAGUUGCGGGGUAUAUAAGACGCUUUGAAAUCAAACAACUUUAGUAGCAGCAAAGAGAACUUGCCCAGCACUUCUUCAAAAGAUGAAAUUCGCUUUGAUUUUCCUAACAGCCCUGGUGGCUAUCACUCAGCAACAAUUCCAACAGCAACGUAUGGGAAGGCCAUGGUGGUUGCCUUCCUAUUAUUCACCACAGCCAGCGGUGGCCAGUUACCAACACAUUUAUUACAACAACUUCCCUGAAAAUACACCGUCAUUUCGCCAAGUCAAACCAUCCAGGCCCUACGUAAUAAUUCAGAGCGCACAGUUGAAUCCCAGCUACAUGGACGUUGACUAUUCAAAUGAUUUUACCGAAGACAUUGUGGACGAUGAAUAUCCAAUCACCGAGUCGAGGAAUAGGGUACCAGAAGUUCGCUACCGUCCGGCUUUACCCAAUAGGGUCGCUAUCCCAAAUCCCAGAUUUUUCAUCAACUACUACACAAACGUUGCCAGCCUGUUGACUAAAACGGCAACAUUCACUGUAACGUCGUCAUUGAGUUUGACUAGCAUUCAAUCCUGCAUUGCGGCAGCUAAAUUUUUGGAUGACGCUGCCAAGUCCAAAGCCUGCCGUCGCAAACGAGAGAUCAUCGACAACGCGCCUCACUCUGAAGACUUGCAAUUCGCCAUUAUUCCCUCGCAGACACAGCAAGUGACACCAACUGCAGUACCAUCACUGGACGGAGAAACUGGCCACCUGCCACCCUACCAAGUGGAUUCGUUUAAUGACAACGUCGGAGAGCUUUCAGGAUCGAUAUCUGCCGCGCAAAAUUUGAGAGAAAGACGAUUCCUGAAAUAUUCCGUGACUUCUACAACCGUUACUACCUUUUCGAUUCUGUCAACAACGGUGACGAAAACCGUCGCCUUGGCAGGUGAUGGAGAGGUAGAAUGCUUGCCAUCUGGCUACGUUGUUUGCUAGACUAGCAACAAUGUCACGUUUUCUUUCGCCGAAUUUUUCUAGUAAUAUGCGCGUUAUUUAAUGCCUAAGCUUUAGCAAUCCCUGUUAUACUAUCUGUUUCGGAA